AUGGCCGACCUCAAGGUACGCACAGGGAGAGUGCCACACAGGCAGAGUACUGACCAGCAGGCCUUUGACGACCUUUUGGACAAGACAGUGCGCGCGCCGCGCCUGUCCGGAUCCAAAAUCAAGGAGCUGUCAGACUCGGCACUGCGCUUGGUCGCGAACGAUCACCACCUCGUGACCAGCCUGCUGCGACUGAACACGUCGUUGCCGACAGCCAGCACAUCGAGGAUCUCGUCACUCUACGUCUUUGACGCGAUUGCCCGCGCGGCCAAGUCUCAGGUCGACAAGGGCAACGGCCGCACACCCUCCACGGUCCGUGGCCAAGGCACAAACGCUGGGCUUUUGGCCAAGAUGGAGGGAGUGGUCGAAUCGUGGGUCGCUGGAAUGGUCGAUGAUGGCAAGGGGGGCGUUUGGUCCGAAGGAAGGGACAAGACAAGGAAGAUUAUCGAGAUUUGGCGCAAGGGAUCGACCUUCCCCGAGGCGUGCAUCUCGCAGCUGGCGCAGCGCAUUGCCGAAGCAGAUGGAGGAGCCGCUGGCCCAUCAAAAUCAGUCCGCUCCACCACACCCAUAUCUGCGCCGCCCGCGCACCUCCUCGCGCGCUACGGCACCAGUGCCAAGGUGUCGCCGGCGGGUUCGCCUGCUUUGGCCAAUGCCCAACCAUCGGCUCCCGCGGGGCAGCUGCCACCCGAGAUCAUGGCCCUGCUCGGCGUGAAGAGCGCAGCGGAGAGUGCAGCAGAGGCAAAGGCUUCGACGUCCUCGGCCAUUGAUGCCGUCCUCGCCAACGUUCGCAACGCCCCCGCCUCCGCACUCGCACCACCGGCCGCGGCAGCGCCGGCGCUGGAUCCCGCCCAACUCGCAGCUCUGGCCAACCUGGGAACCCUCUCAAGCCUUGCUGUUCCGCCAACCGCCUCGGCUACACCAACACCACCAAUGCCACUCCCUCCUCACGGUGCCGCCUCGCUCCCUCCGCGCCCAACAUUGCCUCCCCUGCCCGCGAACGGGGACAGGUACGGCAACACCAACGGCCACGGCAAUGGGUCCGGAAGCAGCUAUGACGACCGCAAUAGGCGGCGAUCAAGGUCCCCCGAAAACCGGUAUUCGCGCGACCCACGAGACAGGGACCCUCGCGACCGGGACCCUCGUGACCGUGACCCCCGUGACCGCCGCGUCGAGUUCCGUGAGCGCGACAGCUCGCGUGAGAGGAGGGAUUACGGCGACAGGCGAGACGACAGGCGCGACUCUCGCGACUCACGCGACUCGCGCGACUUCCGAGACAGGGAUAGGCGAGACGACCGCCGCGACGAUCGCGAGCGCGACUACCCCGACAGACGGGGAAGCAGCGACCGCGACCACCGAAGCGACUUCCGCGCACCCCUCCCUCCCAAGCCGACAGACUUGCCGGCGCGUCCUGCGGGCCUGCCCAGCCGCCCGUCGGAGCCCCACCAGCAACACUCUCAGGUGCAGGCCACGGCAAUGAGCCCCACCCCUGUCAACGCUGCUCUUGGAGGUGCUGCUACUGCUACUGGAGGAGGAGGAGGAGGGGGGUCAGGUGCUGCCACCCUCGCGACAUUCGACAUGGCCUCGUUCAACCCCACCCAGCCCGAGAGCUGGGCCGCCCUCGCUGCGGCAUGGCACGGGUCGACGGGCCGCGAGCCCAACCAGAUCGAGCUCAUGCAGUUCCUCGCCACGGGACAGGUGCCGGAUGCGAUGGGAAUGGGCAUGAUGGGCGGAGGUAUGGGCAUGAUGAUGGGAGGCGGUGGAGGUGCAGGUGGUAUGGGCGGAGGUAUGGGCAUGGGCAUGGGAGGUGGACACAACACCAAUGGAUUCUAG